AGUAUUGUGAGGUUGAAAAAGCGGCUCUUGGAUGGCCAGCCCGAAACACAGGAUGGAGACAAGAUCAUACUAUCAUUUGACAAGGACGAUGUUGAUACACUGGACUUUGUGGCUUCAAGUUCUAACUUACGUGCAGCGAUCUUUGGAUUGGAAGCCAAAUCCAAAUUUGACAUCAAGCGUAUGUUAUGGCUCCCUCCUGAUGCUCAGUUUCAUUCAAUACUAACCAACUCUAGAAAUGGCGGGCAACAUCAUUCCUGCUAUUGCAACUACCAAUGCAAUGACAGCUGCGUUGUGUGUUUUACAGGCAUUCAAAGUUCUAAAGAAUGAUUACGAUAGUGCAAAGAUGGUAUUCCUUGAACGAUCUGGUGCUCGAGCUAUUAAUACUGACAGCCUCAAGCCACCAAACCCCGACUGUGCUGUCUGUGCUGUAGCUCAGAGAAAGAUCUUCAUUAACCCAGAGAGUGCAACCCUCAAUGAUCUGGUGGAAAAAGUUCUUCGGCUCGAGCUAGGCUAUGGCGAGGAAUUUUCAGUCAGCAACCAAAUAGGGACCAUCUACGAUCCAGACCUGGAAGAUAAUCUGCCCAAAAAACUAAGCGAACUUGGCGUUGAGAAGGACAGCUUCAUUACCGUUGUGGAUGAAGAGGAUGACAACCCUCGGGUUAACCUUGAAAUCCUCGUUUCCGAACGGUCAGUUGACCAAAAUAACACAUUGCGGUACCAGCAACUAACAUUCACUAGAACUGAUGAUAAAUCUCCCAUUUCCCUUGAGGCGUCUGACGCUGAUAUCCCGCGGAAACCGAAGCCGGCCGGGGAACAACAGCCUCCUGUUAACGCCCAGGAGAAUGGCAUCUCAGGCAAACUCAAGCGAACUGCAGACGAGGCAGGGCUUGAAGUUGUUGAAGCUCAGCCCUCAAAGAAGAUAGCUAAUGGGACAGAAGACUGCAACAACACUCCCACAAACCCUAUUAUUGUCGAGGACGACACAGGCACUAUCCUUAUAGACGCUGAUUAAUUGAUCGAUUGGACCGGACCCAGAACAAAAAUUAGAGAAGGGAACACUAAUAUAUCUAGGUGGUGGUGGUUUUGUUCCUCUUUCUUUUUUGUCUUAUUUUUUUGCUUUCAUUAUUAAAUAUUUUACCUAACUGGAUGUCUGCCCCUUCGUGCCG